AUGGGCUUAAAAGAAGAUGAAUGGAGCUUCGAACAUGGGGUGGAGGAGGGUUUAGGGCACUAUGUGUACAGUGGGGAGAAGAAUCACGUUUUAGCUGGGAUCGGGAUCUUCACCGUCAUCUUCGGCAUCCCUUGGUACCUUAUGAAUCAAGGAUCUAAUCAUCGGUCUCACCAAGAUUACAUGGAGAAGGCUGAUAAAGCUCGUAAAGCGCGUCUCUCUUCAUCUUCAUCCUCUGACAAGUAGUUCAUAGGAACUUAACUCCGUAAUGUCUGAGCCAGUUUGGUUUUUGUUCAGAUACGUACUCAUAAGUUUCUGUAUCAAAAUAAAUUGAAGAUUUCUCAUCUAUAAUGCCUCAAAGUUAAAGCUUCAUUCUCAUAAUAUUUCAUCUAGAGCACUGUUUCCAUCUUGUGAAGGUCACAGAUGAUUAAUAAAA